UUCUUCAAUAUAUACAUGGCUUCGAGUUCAAUGAGUUCGAGAAGGUCAACAUGGACGGCCCAAGAGAACAAGAUGUUAGAGAGGGCUUUGGCUCACUACGAUACCCAAACACCCGACAGGUGGCACAACAUUGCCCGGGCUGUGGGCGGUGGCAAGACGGCAGAAGACUGCAAGACUCACUUCCAGCUGCUUCUAGAAGAUCUCUGCGAAAUCGAGUCUGGCCGUGUUCCCUUUCCCAAUUACAUGUCAUCAUAAUCAUCACCCUGCACCUUGCUUCUUAAGCAUA